CGGAUUACGCGUGCAACUGGCUUCAGUUUAGCGGGAUAUCGAGACCGAAAUUGCGCCGCUUCUCUCUUCUCGUCGACGUUACAAUUUUCUCUCGGACAACUCGAGUGAACGAUCUUUCAAAAUGCACCGAGAGACAACCGCUCCGCCGCCCAAAACUCUUUAUCCAAGUGACCUGAAAAGGAGGGACGAGUCCGCAUAAAUGCAGACGUUACGGCAUUUAUUCCCCGCGUCUGCGUCGUUCCGCGAAAUUUGAGGGAAAACAUUUCAGCAAGGCCGCCCGGGAGGUCUUCCGCGCUCGCGCGUUUUAUCUCGGCCGGCUGUCACGGCGAGAGAAUCGAGCAGCUGUUCGGCAAAAGUUAGGUUAGGUGCCUCUCGAUCGCGCGUACUCGGUCGCGUCUGUCAGCGCGACUGCUCCUUCGAGAAUGGUGCUCUCGUUCACAGGACUGCCCUCCUCCAAGCGACUGUUGUUACUCUUCCUGCAGUGUUCGCUAUGUCACCGCACAAUGGUGAGCAAGUUCUGGUGCCAGGAGAUCGGACGAAGGUGGAAACAGGCGGCCAGGCAGGAGCCGCCGCAGGCGCGUGUGCUCUCCGAGCCAAAGUACCAGUCGUACGCGGCCAUCUGGUACCUCUACUACCGCUGGAUCAUCUUCCUGGUAUGGGCCGCCUUCGUCGUGUGUUCAUUAUUUGAGUUCGGCAGCUACAAACCGCUGCUGCAGCAAGAGAAAUGGCCAAUCUAUCUCACCAACUGGGACAUGGCUUUGGGCCUCGCGCAAGCGUUUAUUGGCUGUAUUCUUGUGUCGAAACGAUGGCGCUUGCAGAAGAUACCUGGCUUCGACCCUUGCAAUCUCAAAUUAGAAUUCACCGAGCGGCUAUACUGGUUUCUGUACGUUGUCACGACCAAUAUGGCCAUUGGCGUGACGGUGUGUUACUGGCUCGCCGUAUACAAUCCGGAAAUCCACCAAGUGGACCCGCUCAACAUCAUGAUGCAUGUGUGCAACAGCGUGCUGAUGCUGAUCGAUUUAUUUGUCACCAGUAUACCGUUUCGUUUGCAGCACUUCUGGUGGUGCCUGUCGAUCGUCUUAUUCUACGUGAUCUUCUCGGUGAUCUAUUACAUCGCCGGCGGCCUUGACAAGUUCGGCUACCAUUACAUCUACAAAAUCCUCGAUUGGAAGAAGCCGUUGCGAACGUUGCUCGUUUGUAUUGGUGGUUUCAUGUUCGUGACGGUGCUGCAUUGCGUCGUUUGCAUGCUGGCGAACGUCAGGGACCGCGUCUAUCGCAAGACUGCCGAGAAAUUCAGCAAACCUAUGCAGAUAAACAUUACGGACGAUAAACCGCUACCAGAAAAACAAAUAGAAGUAGUUUAAUUGGUGAAGAAGUCUAGAAAUGUUUGUUUUCGUCUAACGUGCUUCUCGGCAUGUAAAACUCUUAACUCGUUAAAAAAAUAUUCGGCAAGGCAAGAUGAAACGUGCCUUCUUGUGGUGAUUGCGCCUCCGAGUAGCGCCCUUCUCUGGCGAGCGAGACUUCUGUGGGCAAUCUAGCUUGCUUAUAGAAACGAUCAAGUAUUAAUGAGAUGUUAACAAUGUUUGAUGAGUGAUACAACUAAGUAGGUGAUCUCUUGUACGUCUUUGUAAGCUUCGUCUUCGGCUAUAUUUCCAACAAACUAGAAAAGCAAUGAUUGUUACUAGCAAUAUUAGACUGCGUAUCCACUUGAGGCUGCAAAUCGGCUUCGAAGCGUUCUUCUCCUCCCUCCCUUUAAUAAAGAAAGAUUAAGAAGAAGAACGCUUUGAAGUAUUUGUAACAUCAAGAGAACCGCAGUCAAUACACCGAUUAAAAUCAUUCUCAAUUUGUAGACUGCAAAAAUUUACUUGUAAUUAAUUAGAAAUUAUGUGACAAUAUCGUGGAUGCCUGACAGUAUUUGUGAACGCUUUAAUUCGGUUCUGAACACAUGUUUACUAUUUAGACACAAGUAAAAAUUUACAUAAAACAACAUCAAACUUAGUUGACUGUAUCUGGCAACUUUUGAUACGGUCAACUAAAUUUGAUGUUGUUAAUUAUUGCUGGCGACCCUGAAGAUUUUCCUGUGAGUUUACAUAAAAUUUUUUUUUCUUUGAAUAAUGCAAAUCUUAUUACGGAAAAUAGUAAACAUUCCGUAAACAUUCCAUUGGAAUUAAAAUAAAUUAAUACUUUUACCUUGUAUUUAGUGCUAUAUGAUUUUACUGUAUCGCAUUUUUGUAACGCUGAGAAAUAACGAAUAUAUUUUUGUAUUAGAUAAAAAUAAUCACACUUGCUUUAAAGGCACUAUGAACUCAGGUCCAGAUUACAUCAACGUUGUGUAUAUUCAAGCA